AUGGAAAAUGAAUUACUCUAAGUCUUGUUAUAAAAGAAUGAGGAUUUAAUUAGAAGAUAGAAUGAUAUCACUUAAGAAAAUUUUUGUAAUUUUUCAAAAGAUGUUCUAAUUGAAGAAAUAGAACAGAGUUAAUUUAAUAAUAGCGAAUUCUAUGAAAAGUGCGAAUUUUAAUAAAAUUUUGAUCAUAGUUAAGAAAAUUUUUAAGUGUAAAAUGAUUAACAAAGAGUUUGCCAAAUAAUAAUUAACUUGCUUGAAAAUUCUUUAGAUUACUUAAUUAAAGCAAACUUAACCUAAAAAUAUGUUAAGCUAUUAAUAAAAAUAAUUUAAGGAAAAGAUGAAAACUCGAACUUAAUUGAAUUUAAAGUUAUUAAUAAUGCUAAAUUAAAUUAUUCUAAGUAAGAAAUAUUUCUAGUUAAAGAGUCUUUGAAAGUAGAGCGAGAGAUUAAAAAUAACUAUUUUAUGUGGAAUUCUUAAAGUUGCUUAUAGCCUACUUAGAUAGGUUUAAAAUUAAAUUAGAAGAUCUUAUAAAAAACCUCACCUUAUAAUUUCAUGAAUAUAGCUUGUGAUGAUGAUAAAAUAAGUUUCUCUUUCUAUAUAUUUUAAAAUUGUAAUAUUCUAUAAUAGGAUUACAAAUAGGAUUUCUAAAAUAAGCUAAUUGAUGAAAUAAGAUAUUAAUCUUAGAUUUAUACUGAUAAUUCACCAAUUAAGAUUGGAUAAAUUUAAAAAUAAAUCAGUUAAUAAUAGAUUGUUAAAGAUAGCUUGAAGAUAUCCAAAAACAUAAAUCCUGAAAAGGAAGAAAAUUAAAAGAAAAAUUUAACAUACAGAAAUUAGGAGUUGAUUUACUAUUAAACCAUGGAAAUUGACCCAAGUUUUGUAAAAGAUGAGUUCGAAACUAAUUAAUUUGAUGAAAAAAUAGAUGAAAAAGACUUUAAAAUUAAAGAAUUUAACUCAAAAAAUGUGGAAUCAUUAAACAAAUAAAUUCACAGUUGA